GUGCCCCCUCACCGCGCAGCCAUGGCGGAUCCCGCAGCGCCCGCCGCCCCGGCCCCUGCCCCGUCCCCGGGCCCGCCCUCGGCCUCCGCCUCGGCCGGCGGCGGCGGCUCGCAGCGCCUGCUGUUCUCCCACGACCUGGUGUCGGGCCGGUACCGCGGCUCGGUGCGCUUCGGGCUGGUGCGCCUCAUCCACGGCGAGGACUCGGACUCGGAGGGCGAGGAGGGGCGCGGGAGCUCGGGGGGCUCCGAGUCCGGCGGGCCCGGCCACGAGGAGGGCCGCGCCAGCCCCCUGCGCCGCGGCUACGUGCGCGUCCAGUGGUACCCGGAGGGCGUCAAGCAGCACGUCAAGGAGACCAAGCUGAAGCUGGAGGACCGCUCGGUGGUGCCCCGGGAUGUGGUCAGACACAUGGGCUCCAGCGACAGCCAGUGCGGGACGGUGAUUGACGUGAACAUCGACUGUGCCGUGAAGCUGGUUGGGACCAACUGCAUCCUCUACCCUGUCAACAGCAAGGACCUGCAGCACAUCUGGCCCUUCAUGUACGGGGACUACAUCGCCUAUGACUGCUGGCUGGGCAAGGUCUACGACCUCAAGAACCAGAUCAUCUUGAAGCUGUCCAACGGGGCCAGGUGCUCCAUGAACACAGAGGAUGGCGCAAAGCUGUAUGACGUCUGUCCGCACGUCAGCGACUCGGGCCUCUUCUUCGACGACUCGUACGGCUUCUACCCAGGCCAGGUGCUCAUCGGGCCCUCCAAGGUCUUCUCCAGCGUCCAGUGGCUGUCGGGGGUCAAGCCUGUGCUCAGCACCAAGAGCAAGUUCCGGGUCGUGGUGGAGGAGGUGCAGGUCAUGGAGCUCAAGGUCACAUGGAUCACAAAAAGUUUCUGCCCCGGGGGCACCGACAGUGUCAGCCCCCCGCCCUCGAUCAUCACCCAGGAGAAUCUUUCCAGGGUGAAGCGCCUGGGCUGCUUCGACCACGCUCAGAGGCAGCUGGGAGAACGCUGCCUCUACGUGUUUCCGGCUAAGGUGGAGCCGGCGAAAAUCACCUGCGAGUGUCCCGAGAGGAAUUGUGUCCUGGGAGAGGGCUCUGUGGCAAAGAAGGUGAAGCGGCUGCUGAAGAAGCAGAUCGUGAAGAUCAUGUCCUGCUCCCCCGAUUCUCCAGCCCCCGGGGACCACCCCGAAGGGUCCGCCAGAGCCCCGGACGCAUCCAAGGGCCCUGUCGGCCCCGCGGAGGCCCGGGAGGUGGGGUUGGGGAUGGGGCCCGAGGGAGGAUCCGGCGAGGCUGGGGAGCGGCCGCCCUCCUGCCCCCUGAAGGAGGAGACGGGGGCGGUGGCAGCGGCGGCGGCGGCGGAGGAGGAGCGCCAACAGCUCCAGGCCAUGGAGCAGGACGCGGACGACGAGGGGGCCGACGACACGGACGACACCAGCUCGGUGACCUCCUCGGCCAGCUCGACCGCGUCGUCUCAGAGCGGCAGCGGCACCGGCCGCAAGAAGAGCACACCCCUGUCCAUCAAGAACCUGAAGCGCAAGCACAAGAAGAAGAAGACCAAGGUCUCCCGGGAGUUCAAGCCCGGGGAUAGGGUGGCAGUGGAGGUGGUGACGACCAUGACGUCGGCCGACGUGAUGUGGCAGGACGGCACCGUGGAGUCCAGCAUCCGCUCCAACGAGCUCUUCCCCGUGCACCACCUGGACAACAACGAGUUCUGCCCUGGAGACUUCGUGGUGGACAAGAGAGCCCAGAGCUGCCCGGACCCAGCCGUGUACGGGGUGGUGCAGUCGGGGGACCACAUCGGCCGCACCUGCGUGGUCAAGUGGUUCAAGCUGCGGCCGGCCGGGGACGACGUGGAGCUGAUCGGGGAGGAGGAGGACGUGAGCGUGUACGACAUCGCGGACCACCCCGACUUCCGCUUCCGCACCACCGACAUCGUCAUCCGCAUCGGCAACACCGAGGAGGGGGCGGCCGCCCCCAAGGAGGACGAGCCGUCGGUGGGCCAGGUGGCCCGGGUGGACGUGAGCAGUAAGGUGGAGGUGGUGUGGGCCGACAAUUCCAAGACCAUCAUCCUGCCUCAGCACCUGUACAACAUCGAAUCGGAGAUCGAGGAGUCCGACUACGACUCGGUGGACGGCAGCACGAGCGGCGCCUCGUCGGACGAGUGGGAGGACGAGAGCGACAGCUGGGAGACGGACAAUGGGCCCAUGGAGGACGAGCCGGCCUCCGCCCCCGAGCCGGCCCCCGCCCCCGCCCUCCCUGCCGCCCAGGAGGAGGAAGAGGUGGUGGCGGGGGAGGAGGGGGACGGGAGCAUGGCGCUGAGCGCCGAGGCGGCGGCCGCCAUCCAGGGGGCCGUGGCCCUGGCCGCCCCCGUGGCCGGGCUGAUGGAGAAGGCGGGCCGGGAGGGGCCCCCCAAAAGCUUCCGGGAGCUGAAGGAGGCCAUUAAGAUCCUGGAGAGCCUCAAGAACAUGACGGUGGAGCAGCUGCUGACCGGCUCCUCGCCCACCUCGCCCACCGCCGAGCCCGAGAAGCCCACGCGGGAAAAGAGGUUCCUGGACGACAUCAAGAAGCUGCAGGAGAACCUGAAGAAGACGCUGGACAACGUGGCCAUUGCCGAGGAGGAGAAGAUGGAGGCCGCGCCCGAGGCGGAGCGCCGCGAGGAGAAGCCCGAGGCCCAGUCGCCCGUCCGCUCCGAGUGGCCCAGCGAGACGCCCGUGCUCUGCCAGCAGUGCGGGGGCAAGCCCGGGGUCACCUUCACCAGCGCCAAGGGAGAGGUCUUCUCUGUGCUGGAGUCCGCACCCUUCAACCACUCGUUCAAGAAGAUCGAGUUCCAGCCCCCGGAAGCCAAGAAGUUCUUCAGCACCGUGCGGAAGGAGAUGGCGCUGCUGGCGACCUCGCUGCCCGACGGCAUCAUGGUCAAGACCUUUGAAGACCGAAUGGACCUCUUCUCGGCCCUGAUCAAGGGCCCCACCCGCACCCCCUACGAAGACGGCCUCUUCCUCUUCGACAUCCAGCUCCCUAACAUCUACCCGGCCGUGCCCCCCCACUUCUGCUACCUCUCCCAGUGCAGCGGGCGGCUCAACCCCAACCUGUACGACAACGGGAAGGUGUGCGUCAGCCUGCUGGGCACCUGGAUCGGGAAGGGGACGGAGCGGUGGACCAGUAAGUCCAGCCUUCUGCAGGUGCUGAUCUCCAUCCAGGGCCUGAUCCUGGUCAACGAGCCGUACUACAACGAGGCCGGCUUCGACAGCGACCGGGGCCUGCAGGAGGGCUACGAGAACAGCCGCUGCUACAACGAGAUGGCGCUGAUCCGCGUGGUGCAGUCCAUGACGCAGCUGCUGCGCCGCCCGCCCGAGGUCUUCGCCCAGGAGAUCCGGCAGCACUUCGGCUCGGCCGGCUGGAGGCUGGUGGGCCGCAUCGAGGCCUGGCUGGAGCCGCACGCGCUGCCCGAGUCGGAGCCGGAGGCGGCGGAGCCGGCGGACUCGGGCCAGGACGAGCCCGGGGCGGCCAGGGGGCCGGAGGCGCCCCAGGGCUCGGACACGGAGGGCGCGGCAUCCCCCGCGGCCGGCAGGGACCUGGCGGAGCAGCCCCCGGCGGAGGCCCCGGACUCGCCCGCCGCGCCGCCCAGCGUCAAACCAAAGAAGCGCCGGAAGAGCUACCGCAGCUUCCUGCCCGAGAAGAGCGGCUACCCCGAUGUCGGCUUUCCCCUCUUCCCGCUCUCCAAGGGCUUCGUCAAGAGCGUCCGCGGGGUCCUGGCCCAGUUCCGGGCCGCCCUGCUGGAGGCGGGCAUCCCCCAGCCCGCGGAGGACAAGUAGCCGCCGCCCCCGCCCAGGACAGACGGACACGGCGGAGAGGGGCCGGCCGGGCCUGCUGCUGCCCGCUCGCUCGCUCGCUCCCCGCCCCCUCCCUCCCU